ACCACAGGCCGCACAAUGCUUCCGACCACGGCGACCGCCUCAACGCCCCCGCCGCCACCGGCCCCGCCGCCCGGCGAGCCGCACGCGGCACUGUUCUUCGCCCUGGGCUACAUGCGGCUGCCCGAGCUGCUAGCCUGCUUGCGCGUAUGCCGCCUCCUCGGCGAGGCCGUCGCGGGGGACCCCCUCCUGUGGCGCCGCGUCGCGGUAGAGCCGCCGCUCAGCGGCCGGGUGACCGACGACGUCCUCCUCAAGCUGACCGCGAGGGCGGAGGGGACGCUGCGGUCUCUCCGCCUUUCCGGGUGCGUCCACGUUUCCGACGCCGGCCUGCUCCGCGUCGUCGAGCGCAAUCCCAGCGUCACCGAGAUUUAUGUGCCUGCAUGCACAGGCUUGACUGGUGAUGGGGUGGUGAAAAUUGUUCAGCUUCUGCACGAACAGAAGGGAAAUAUAAGUCGUCUCCGACUCGAUGGUAUUAGCAGGAUGAGUAAGCAUCAUCUUGAUAUUAUCAUGUCUCUCAUAUGCAAAGGUAACCCACAAGGGCAACAAGAUGGAAUCCCACUUUUCUACAACCAUAGAGCCCGUGAAGCUCUGAACAGCAAUGAUGAACGCCCUAUUGAUGUUGAUGUUUGCCCAGUGUGUGCUAACGUCAGGCUUGUGUUUGAUUGUACGAGGGAUGACUGUAGGAAAGUGAGGGACAGCUUGUGGCGGUGUCGAGGCUGCUACUUCUGCUUUCCUAGAUGCGAAAAAUGUGGUGGAUGUAUCAGUUCGGAGGAUCUAGACGAGGCUGAUCUUGCUUGUUCAGAUCUUAUGUGCUUGGAUUGUUGGCUUACGGUCCCUAAAUGCAGCACAUGCAAUCGGCCUUACUGUGAGAGGCAUGAAAAUUUGAUGGUCACUUUGUCGGUGCCUGGCCAGUUCUCAUGCCAGCGUUGCAAAGAGCUCGGUGCAUCGCACGAGAGUCAGGAAGAGGACUAUUAGAAGUGAGCUUUCCACCCCUCUUUUUAACUGCAAAAAUACUUGAGGUACUUGCUAAUAAUUCUGUACUAACAUUCGCCGUUGGAUUUUACCCAACGCUUCGAGCAAUAGAACACUAGCUGAACGUAUCAUGACGCUGAAUUAUAAUUGACAGUCCAAUGAAGGUGCUGCAUAUUUUCA